AUGACCCCAACGGUGCUCACACACCCACCCCUUGGGAGCCCCCCGUCUGAGACCAUCACCAUAGCCAUCUCCAUCACCAUCGCCAGCCUGCCGCGGCUCGUCCCGGCCCCGCUCCCCAGAGCGGAACACCCACCUGCUGGCACGGUGCCGGUGUGCACCCUGGUGUCCCCGCAGCCUGUGUCCCUUCGCCCGGUGGAGCAGGAGGGCUGCCGAGGGCCCCGGCUGCCCCCGGUCCCGCUGCGGUCCAGGUUAGCCUUCGCCCAGGGCGGUGCGAUGGCCGCGGGGCACGGGUCCGGAUUGUUUUGUCUCCCAUCCUCCUUCCCCAAGCACGAGGACCCUCCUGCUAACGCUUGCGCUAACGGAGUUGCUGAUGGUGGAGGUGUUGAAGGUGGAGGUGCUGUGCAGGGCGAGACGGAGCCGCAGCCCGCUGGUGAAAAGCCUCCCAAAGGAAGCGGGGAUGAGCAAGUACCCCCCCUCCUGCCUCCCCCGCCGCCUGGCAGCCUUCCUCCUUACUCCCCCUACUUCGAGGGAGCUCCUUUUCCUCGUCCGCUCUGGCUACGGCACACGUACAACCAGUGGGUUCCUCAGCCACCACCACGGACUAUAAAGAGGACGAGGAGGCGUUUGUCGCGGAAUAGAGACCCGGGAAGGCUUAUCAUGAGCACUAUCAGGCUGCGGCCACGACAGGUGCUCUGUGAGAAAUGUAAAAACACUCUGAACCCGGAGGAUGCGAGCACAGCUAGGCAGAAUGCUAAAACCAGGAGGAAGCUGAGCAUUCAGGACAAAGAGCAGAAGAAGCACAGUGACUCCGACUACACGGAGAAGAGGAACAAAAGAGAAAAGAGAGAGGAUGAGAAAUUUUCUGGGGAACUAGUACAUCGAACGCCAGUUAUAAAAAUAUCCUACAGUACUCCGCAAGGGAAAGGUGAAGUUGUAAAAAUCCCUUCCCGGGUUCAUGGCUCAGUCAAACCCUUUUGUCCAGAGCGAAUAUUGCAGAACGGAGAGGAGGACCAAGAGGAGACCAGAGUCUCUGAACGGUGUCGAGAAACCAAAUGUUUAAUGGACAAGUCAGCAGGCAGCCAGCUUGCUUCCAUUCCAAAACUGAAGCUCACGCGGCCGGUGCAUUCCAGUGCGGAUGUCCCACCCCCAAAGAUACGGCUGAAGCCCCAUCGCAUAAAUGAUGGUCAGAGUGUUUCAAUUUAUAAGGCAGAACUUAUUGACGAAAUUAAUGUCCUUCAGAACAGCAGGGAGUCCAAUCCUGGCGCAUUUUACAAUGAUGAAUCCACAGACAGAAGUUUAGCUGAGAUAUCUUCAGGGAGUUCAGGUGAAGAUGAUGACUUUAAAAGAUUUCCCCAAGGUAAAGAUGGACAUGAUAACUUGGCUUUCCUUAUGAAUUAUCGUAAAAGAAAAGCAGAUUCUUCUAGUUUAUCGGUGUGUAGUAAUGACAGUCUAGAUGAAUCCAAGUCUUCUAGUUCAGAAGUAACAUCACCAGAAAUGUGUGACUUUUUACCUGGUGAUGAUGCAUCCGUCUCUUCAUCUUCAAAAGAUGAGCGUAAAAUUGUGCCGCCACUUACAGUUAGACUGCAUACCCAAAGUGUGUCUAAAUGUGUCACAGAAGAUGGAAGAACUGUUUCAGUGGGGGAUAUUGUUUGGGGUAAAAUUCAUGGUUUUCCCUGGUGGCCAGCACGUGUUCUUGACAUAAACCUUAGCCAGAAGGAAAAUGGGGAACCUUCGUGGCGAGAAGCUAAGGUGUCAUGGUUUGGUUCUCCAACGACUUCAUUCUUAUCUGUUUCAAAACUCUCUCCUUUCUCUGAAUUUUUCAAACUGAGAUUUAAUCGCAAGAAGAAAGGGAUGUAUCGGAAAGCUAUCACAGAAGCUGCGAAGGCAGUAGAGCAUCUGACUCCAGAAAUAAGAGAUCUCUUAACACAGUUUGAGACAUAACUUUGCCUCCAGUAUCAGGUAACAGAAGAUAAGAGCACAGCUGUUCUCCUAGAGCUCUGGUCGCGAAGUCUGUAAACAUCCUGACAUGCUCCCCAGGAGAAUCUGGAGGUGGCCGUGCGCAUGGCAGGAGGACGAGUUUCCUUGUCAGCUCGCACUGCUUUUCAUCUGGGACAGGUGACAGGCACCGGGACGUGGAGUUAGGAGGCUCUUCUGGUGUGAGGCUGGCAGGAAACUCUUAAGGAUAUCUUACCCUAGAAUGAGAAUUUGACAAGUCAGAUACGGCAAUGAACUAGGAGAACAGCAAAAGCCACAACUUGGAAUGUAUUUAUUACUUAAAAGUUAGCUAUUCUUGAUAAAAUCCCAAAAAUUAUUGCUGCUGCUUAUUUUACUUACAGAUGUCACACACUUGUUAAUUUUAAAGCUACCGAACUUUUACUCGAUACUGUACUCUGAGAAAUGUAAUUGGAGCAGGACAUGCAAUAGAAUGAAAUCAUUGUAGAGUCUUAAGUACAAUGGACUCACUUUUGUCUCUAUUAAAACUUGGAAAAUGUGCAACAC